CAUUGCCGUGAGUCUGAUAAUCGUGUCAUGCGGAGCUGAAGUCAACCUCUGGUAUGAGGUCAACUGUUCAUCAUACCUCAUUUCCUUCACCCUGGCCAUCGUUAUAAUUAUUGACAUCCUCUACGCUAUCUUCCUCCUGAUGGUGUGUUUGAGUUAUGGAGGAACGUGCCAGGACCAACCAGCCUUCACAUCACUCAAUAAAGCUAGUGUGGUGGUGUGGUGGGUGGGAGUGCUGACCUUGUUGGUGACACUGGGUAUAGGAGUGGCCUGUAUUGUUGUGGGAGCCUCAUACUGCCCAGCAUGUUGUGACCAAGACUGGAUAUCUACCUGGCAUAUCUUCUUUGGGGUAGUGACGGUGGUGUUUGUGGUGAUGCUAGUUUACAAAGUAAGAGACUACAAUCAUCUAGACGCUAGCUGGGUGGCACCACAAGAAGCACUUGUCCUGCCCAUAGCCGUCCUAGCUAUCCUGCUCCUCUCUGCUAUCUUCGUGGGAUACCUGUGGCUGGCGGAGUCUCGAGAAGAAGCUUGUUCUGGGUCAGCACCAUGCAGCAGUGACCUGACCACCUUCUCUGUGGUAGUCAUCGUCCUCCUGAGUCUCCCUUUGCUGGUGUUCUUCUAUGUGACCGCAGCUGUGGGCCUCCUCACCGCCUUCUUUGUCAUCUUAUCCUUCAUCUACUACUGCAGCGGUGAUGCUAUGCACCAGGAGGUGAAGAUUUUACAUGAAAAAUGAAGAAAAACUGACUUGAGCAUCAUCGCUACCACCACCCUUUUCUCUAUAUUAUUCAACACUAUGUGAAGUUUUUAUCUGAGAAAUAAAGAAAACACAGAUGCGUUACAGAACUAAAUGCCACCGGAACAACAGUUUGCCCUUAGAGUUUUAAGAUGGUGUUGAUUUAAUAACUGUAUGACAUGAUAAAAGCUCUUAUGCAUAUUUAAACGCAGUCAUUAUAAAAUAUUGCUCAACAACUACGUACUUUCUUCAAUACAAACAGCGGUACGACAUUUGGACUAAAAGAGAAGAGAGUUUUUCCGAUGCUAUUAUUGUUGAUAGUACAUGAAUAAGACACGGGAUGAAUAAGACAUGUGUGCAAUUCUGAAUUCAAAAGAAGAUUAAAUAUAUUAUGUUAAUUUGAUGAAUUCCAUGGGAUUAGCACCAUGGCAAAGUCCCAGCCAUAAAACCUGUGUCCACCCUAUGUAUAAACAAGGUGUUAGACUCCUCUCCCAAUGUAACAGCAUAUUUAUUUGGAUUCAAUCACCCAAUAUUUUCUUGUUUGAUAUAUACACCUAAAAUCGGUAUGCCUAGAAGUUAGAGUAAAUUCUUCCUGUUGAUGGGCUAAAAGAUUUGUUCAUCAGUAGAUGCUUGACAGUAUUUUCUUUAUUAGAGUCAAUUCCUACACUAAGUUGUUUCAAAAGGUCGAGUGAGGUCAGACAAGUUUUUAUUAUAAGGUAGAAUAAGUCCAUUAUCAUGUUUACACUCAACUCUUGAGGAUGUUCUGCUAAAAGAUGUCUUAACUUUAAUAAAGUCCUUCUUGACUCAGAUGU